AUGAGAGCAGUGCUUUUCUUUUUCUCUCAUGUUCUCAAACUCUCGCUCUCUCCCUCUCCCACUUUUUGCAUCGCGGGACGUUACUGCAACAGCAAAGAUAGUAGCAGUGGCAGCGGCAGUAGCAGCGGCAGUGGCAGUGGCAGUGGCAGUGGCAGUGGCAAUGGCAGUGGCAGUGGCAACAACAGCAGCAACAACAGCAGCAGCAGCAGUCGCGAUCGAACCUUUCCCUAUCAUCCGAAUCAUCUCCGCUACAACAACGAGAUGAUUGCUCGAAUCGCCAACAAGUUCCAGCCAAAGAAAUUUGUUUUCAUCAUCGAUACAGGCGAUGAACUGCAGCCUUUCACCACGACCAGCCUACAAGAUGCGCAAAAGCGGUUCCGCUUUGUUCUCGGCUGCCUGCCCACCCACAACGCUCGACCCGAGAGCGUCACCAAAGCCAAGAUGUGGUCGGUCGUGUCUGAAUACCUGGCCAAAUGUCAAGAACCUCAUUUCUGCCUUGUCAUCUGCAGUGGCUAUCUGGACGAAACCGUGGGGGAUCAGCCCCCGCCUCACAUGGUCAACGCCUUCCAGGCCUUGCGAAAACACGAUACACUUGUUGCUGCCCCAACCCGGAACAAGCGCUUUCUUGACUGGGUAUUGCAGGGCCUUGGCCUCAAAGACGAAAUGCAACGUCACGCCAAGGAAAUGGCCAUGUUUGAGUCAAUUAACGACUUGGUCGUCGCUAAACCGCACAUCCUGAAGCGAUUGUUCGCGGAUUUGGACAAGGAGUUGCCCCCCACCAGUUCCCUGCAGAUGCAGACCUCGCAAACUCAGCAGAAAGAUGCUCCCUCGGCCACCAACCCAGAUGAACUGGGUCGCUUCCUCGCAGUGAGCGAGCUGGGCCGACCCGCUGCUGUGCCACAACCGGUCGAAGUCAAAUUUGUGAUCCGCGGCAAACAACAAGAGAGAAACAUCCAUGUUCAGCUCAUGUUUAUUGCCAAGCGCCAGGACGUAUUGCCAUUUCCCAUCCCGGAGACGUUUGUUAUUGUCAAAAAACUGGCCAAGAACACCAUUCAAACACGGCUGGACCACUUCCGAUCCAAAAUGCUGAGUGCCCAGAUUCUGCUGGUGACCUUUGCCCAGUCACAAAAACAUGAUAAAGAAGGCCACGAAUACAACAUGCUUCUCUCUCUCUGCCGGACCUGGCACGCGCAAAACAGCGUCGCCAUUGCCAUGAGUGAUGGCGCUGCAGCUGCCUCGGAGAAAAUCUGCAUGGAGCUUGGCACACAUCCGCCGAUACUGCCAGCUGCAGCAAGCGGACCCGAGUCAAACGCUAGAACCCCCCAUGGAAUUGUGAUGCGCCUGCUUGACAACCAAGACAUGCUCCAGUAUAUUCGCAGCUCAAAGGAGCUCAAGCAACAGAACUCGAGUGCCCCCCCGAGCUCGGGGAGUGAACCUGCCGCCAAGACCGCCAAGCGAGAUCAUGUCAGUAGUGACUUCAAAGCCACUACUCCUGGCUUUGACCCAGUCACACCCAGCUUAACAGGCGCAACUCCGCAAGAAAUGAAUUUGCGACGAGUUGAGGAAGCUUGA